CUUAAGUUCCUUGGCUGCGCACGCGCUCUGACAGGCACAGCAUCCAGUGGGGAGGCUUUGCUCAGCCAACUCUCGUCACCUCGAGCCGGCGACUCCACGGCUGGCUUCUACAUCCUUCAUUGCUACCAGACUGCUGCUGCUGCUACUGCUUACGAGACUUGCUCUUCUGCUCCAGCCGUGAGCCGCUACACUGCGCCGAAGCGGCGCAAUCUUCACGGCCUUCGCCCGACGCCAGCUUCGGCAUCGUCAUCCUUAUCGCUCCCGUGCCGCAUGGUCAACCCUAACGGCGGCCAUGUCGCGGCCCGCAUCGGCGGCUCAAAAACCUUCAACAUGCCACGAGCUCGGCGUAGGAUCGAGCGCCUGAGACAGCGGCCUCUCUACGCGACAGUCUUCAUCUUCAGCCUGCUCGCCGUGUACUGCCUCUUUAUUCGGGGCCCCCAGCCUGCACCAGCGCCCACCUCACUCCACAGCCGCUCUCUCCAGCGCCGCGCCGGCGAGGAUUGCCGCCUUGUCCACGAUGCCGACGACAAGUGCGCGUUUGUGCGCCGCAACUGCCAGGAUGAUGAGGCCGGUCUUAUCCAGUACCUGCAGUUCUACUACUGCGGCCUCGGGGGUGCCAAGCCUCUCGCCUUUGUCGUCCUGAUGGUUUGGCUCGGCAUGCUCUUCACCACCAUCGGUAUCGCCGCCAGCGACUUCUUCAGCAUCAAUCUAAGCACCAUCGCCACCAUCCUUGGCCUCAGCGAGAGCCUCGCAGGCGUCACGUUCUUGGCCUUUGGCAACGGCUCCCCCGAUGUCUUCAGCACCUUUGCUGCCAUGAGCUCCAAUAGUGGCAGCAUGGCGGUCGGAGAGCUUAUUGGCGCUGCUGGCUUCAUCACGGCCGUCGUGGCUGGCUCCAUGGCCCUCGUGCGGGAGUUCAAGGUCAUGAAGAGCACUUUUCUCCGCGACGUGCUCUUCUUCCUUGUGGCCGUCUCCUUCACCAUGGUGUUCCUCUCCGACGGCGACAUCUACCUAUGGGAAUGUCUCAGCAUGGUCAUCUUCUACGCCUUCUACGUCAUCUUUGUUGUACUAUGGCACGCCUACGAAAAGAGAAAAGACAAUCGCAAGGCAAAGGAGAUAGCGUCGCGCAGCCACUAUUUCCUGUCUGGGGAUGGCCGCAGCACCGAUGAACUCGAACCAUACAGGGACUUCCCCGACGAAGCAGCCGACCGACCCACGGAGCAGCGGCCGCCAAUGCACCCAAUGCAUGCAAGCGUCGACAUUGGUGUGCUGGAGAGAGGCCCACGCAUUGACGUGGAAGCGCCUGACAAAGACGAGGACUAUGAUCGUGCCCAACAUAUUGCCGCCGAGAUGACGAGCAGCAUGCGCGUGAAUCGUCCGCGGGGAGCUAGGAGUAAUACUACCAUCGCCCCGAUUCGGCCGAGUUUGAUUGGAGCUCUUGAGUUCCGGUCGGUACUUGCCUCGCUGCAGCAGGAAGGAAACAUGCACAUGAGGCCCUUGCACCACAGAAGCCAGUCACACGAUGCUCUUUCAACGCCCCCAGGUCAAGUGUUCUCGGCGCCUAGGGUGGAUUUCCAAGCACAUGAAGCUGCCGCCGAUGCGCUGGCUGCGGCUAGGAGCCGAGCGUUGUCGUCGGGUAACAUCCCUUUGUCUUUAGAUGCGGAUCUGCUACAAGGACAAUCUCCAGCAAGUCGAAGUCGGGCCACUAGUACUCACACUGUCGACGGCAUGCUUGCGCCACCGCUUCCCGAUCAGCCGCGAGGAGCAAACCCGGCAGAGCCUGCCACGCGUGACGGCGGUCCCUCUGACCCCAGUGCAACACAACUUCGACUCCAAAUCCCUAGUCCCAUGGGAAGCGAAUUCUCGUCGCCAGCAACCUCGCCAUUCCCGCGCUUUACAGACUCGCCAAUGAUCAUGACUCCCCACCCAGAACACCCACAGCUUCCGCGACUUGACCUGCCAACACCUGGGUUAGAUGACCGUCCCGGCUUUAUGAGUCUGUCGACGCCAGUCGAACGGAGGCCGAUCAAUUGGUGGCCUUACCAUCAUCUGCCAGCACCACAUGUGCUUUUCAACACCCUCUUCCCAACACUGACGGAUUGGCAGAGUAAAAGCAUUGGCUCCAAGCUCGUCAGCGUCUUGUCUGUGCCUAGCGUUCUUUUGCUUGUCAUCACUCUUCCGGUCGUAGAGAGCGAAACGACGGAUGACGACAUGGGCGCAGAUAUCACAGAGCACCCAGCCUCGGGUCACAUGGGCAAUGUCGCUCCUGCAGUGUCCUUUGAACCCAACGCGCACAUCGAACACGAAACAGAGUGGCAACGAUAUCAGAGAAGACGAGGCGCGACCACUUCAAAUAUCUCGAUUCCUACACUCAUUGAAGUGGAUGAGCCACGUUCAGGACAAUCAUCGCCAAGAAACAUCUUUCCUCCCCUCUCGAACCAGGUUCAUGCUGGCAAACCGGCGUCUGACAUUGGCCCGGAUUCUAGCAAUUUCGCUGACGAGACGGGAGGCUGGAAUAGGUGGCUUCUGAUAAUCCAGGUCUUUACUGGGCCACUUUUUUGCGUCGUCAUCGUGUGGGCAAACAUCUUGGAGGACCUAGAAAGACCUGCCAUGGUGCUCAUCAGGGGCAUUAUGGGCUCUCUGGUCGUGUCGCUGGUCCUCCUGGGUGCUUUGUUAUCGUUGACCUCGGCUGAGAGGCGCCCAAAGUAUCAUUUUCUCUUCUGCUUCCUUGGCUUCUGCAUCUCGAUUGCGUGGAUCUCCACGAUCGCGGGCGAAGUUGUCGGGGUACUCAAGGCUUUUGGUGUCAUCUUGAAUAUCUCCGAGGCUAUACUCGGCCUGACAGUAUUUGCAGUGGGCAAUUCUGUGGGCGAUCUGGUUGCCGACAUUACUGUUGCACGGCUUGGGUAUUCCGUCAUGGCGUUGUCUGCGUGCUUUGGUGGCCCUCUACUCAAUAUUCUUCUUGGUAUCGGCCUGGGGGGCGCCUACCAGAUUGUCCAGUCGGCCAACAAGAAACAUCACAAGCAUCCCGAACGGACUCUUGAGUACAAAGCGUACCACAUCCACGUCAGUGGUACGUUGAUGAUAUCCGCCAUCACGUUGCUCGUCACCUUGGUGGCGCUACUUGUCGUGAUUCCAUACAACAAGUGGAUCAUGAGCCGAAGGAUAGGCAUUUUCCUCAUCGCACUGUGGUCGGUGAGCACAAUCACGAACCUAGUCGUCGAAAUAACGGGGGCUUGGCAGGAUGUUUCUUGAUUGAGUCGGCCUAGUUUCACUCCGUGUGUUUUCCCUUCUACGACUUGUCCAUAAUUAUCCAAGCAUGAGUAUGGCCCGAAUGUUUUUUGUCAUGACUCGGACUUGGACCUGGGCACCCAUAGGUGGUUGCCUUGUCCCCAUUGGAAGAAACCAUGGCCAGUACACUACCAACACAUUUUGAACACCAGAUACCCGGCAUAUCUUUGCCUUCUCGACGAGAGUAGCAGCCAUUAGCGAAGUACACUUUCUGAAGUAGCAGUAAAUUUGAUAUCGAAUGAGAUCGGGCGCGUGGUUCUGCUUAACUGGCCGGCUAUGAUCUUGGCCGAUUGAGUACUUGUCA